UGUUAUUGGUACAAUACAUGAUAACCGAGGAAGAAGGAGACGCUGGCUCCACUGUAACCAGCGUUAGCUCUGUUUUUAGCAUUAUGACCCCUGCUCUGUGUAACACAAAGCUAGUUAGCUGUGUAGCUUUUAGUACUUGGCAAGCCAGCUGUGCUUUAAUGAACUAGAAAUAGUAGACCUAUCCAACAGUGUGUGUUUUCAGUCAGCAGCUUGUUUUUCUGUCAGCUCUUGUUUGUAUGAACUGACAGUUCAGCCAGCUAGCUUUUCUUAGCUACAGCUAACUCUGCUAAUUCAACAGUGCCUGUCAGCAGGUCAUGGCUGCAGCGAGGUGGGACCUGAGGACACGGAGAGCUGAGGUGGAACUAUGCAGUGAUCAGGAGUGACAAGCUCGCUCAUGUCUACUUCAGAAACACUCUCAUCCCACAACUGGCACUGUGGAGAACACCUCACCAUGGUGAAAACAGCAAAGAUGGAGCUGCUUAGAGCGCUUGUCAGCGAGUGUUUGUCUGCAGCCGCCGAAGAGAUCCUCAAGAUUGUAGAGAGAACGAUUAUAGAGUAUGAGGAGGAGAUGUCCUGCUCAAAGUGGGUGGUGGACAGUCACCGCAGACUGCUGGAUGCUGCCAGGACACACAGUGAAGACUCUCUACAGAUGUCUGUCACAGAUGUGAAGAUGCCACCUGCCAGCGUGAACGUCAGUGUGUGCUGGGAGGAACCAGGAAACUCCACGACACAGCCGACAGAAGACAACUCCAACACCAACGACACUAACCCAGACUCUCCUGUCAGUCAACAUGCCGACAGUGAUCAAGAGAUACUGAUUGAUAUUGAUGAUGAUGAUGAGGAUGGUGAGGAUGGUGAUGAUGAUGAUAUUAAACCAGAGUGUGAGCUGAAUAUGCCUUUGAAAAUCCUGAAAGUGAAGAAGCCUUUUAAAUGUCCCAUUUGCUUGAGCGUUUUUUCCUCCAAGAAGACGAUGGUGCGACACAUCAAAAGGCACCCGGAGGACAAGUCUUUGUCUUAUCAGUGUCAGUUCUGUGAACGCUACUUUUACCACAAGUCUGACUUCAUUAUACACACCAGGAUACACAAAGGCUCCAAACCAUACAAGUGCCAAGACUGUGACAAAAGCUUUGACCAGAGAGACAGUCUGGUUAUUCACAGACAAAAGCACAGUGAGCAGAAAACUCAUCAGUGUUUGACUAAAACGCUGGCGCUCAACCUUCAUACAGAAACUCACCACAGAUCAGUGACACCUGGCAGAAAGAUGGAAGAAGAGCUGGACUCCAGACAGGAAGAGGCAAAUGGUAUUAAGACAUUUCCACUCACUAUCACUCCCUAUGAUAAAAGUGAGUUUGACCAGGAGUCACUGCAGCCUCUGUGUCUUUAUCAGAUCCAGACUGUUGCAGAUAUAGAUAAACACUCAGCCACGGUUCCAGUCGAUCACAUUAAAACUGAGCCAACCGCAGCAGAUGGUGGAACAUCAGACACCACCGCUGACCAUCAGCUGCUCCUGUCAGUGAAUCCAGGUGAACAAGGUGAAGCUGAGAGCAUCACAAACAUCCUGCCGGAGAGAGCUUCUAAAAAAUCCACCGAGCUCGUAGUUCAGUUUGAAGCUGGAACAGCGCAGAAACCCUACAAGUGUCCAUGUUGCAGCAAAUGUUUCUCCCUGACUAAGACUCUGAUACGACAUGUCAAGAUCCACACAGAGGACAAAGCAUAUCAGUGCCAGUUCUGCGGGCGGAACUUCUGUCAGAAGUCAGACCUCGUCAAUCACACGAGGAUACACACAGGAGAGAGACCAUAUCAGUGCCAACAAUGUCACAAAUCCUUCGUUCAGAAAGGCAACCUGGUUGUUCACAUGAGGAAACACACAGGAGAGAAACCUUAUCAGUGCCAAGAGUGCAGCUGCUGCUUUAGUCAGAAGUCCUCUCUGGACUGUCACAUGCAGAGCCACAGAUUGUAAUCUUUGCACCCGUGUUGACAUGAGGCUUUGUCAUUUUGUCAAACCUCAGCACUGUUUUAGAUACUAACAGAAAUGUGUCCAAAGUUUCAAAAACUGUCAAAUACUGAAAGUCAGAUUCAGAAUCUUGUUGACUAAUUUUUUCAUCAUACUGUUCUGAUUUAAAUAAAAAAUUUGCCGGUUGACAAAACACACCACAAGAUUAAUUGGCAGCUAUUCUGGAGCUUUUGAUCCAAUCACAUGAUCUUCACCAGGAGAUGGAGUUUGCCCCGUUGUCAUGGAUUUAGAGAUGUUCUCAUACAUGUUGGCUUAAAAGCUGAGAAUGAAACAAUGAUUGUUUUCUUAAGAAUGAACUUCCAUGUCACCUGUUGAGCCAACAUGUACGAGAUGUCAUCAAAAAUGGAAACAAAAUAACUUCCCCUCCUAACAUGAACAUGAUGAUGUGAAAUGAAAUGGGAAAUCAGUCUGAUUAUCGUGCUAACUUGUGCUGAGAUUGUUUUAUUAACUACUGUUUGCAAGGUCAAGAAUCUCUAAGUUUAGCAUUUUAUUGUGUCAAAGCUCUUGUAUGACUGCUUGUGUUUAGGCAACAUCCAACAUUUAAAAAGUUUGGUUCUUUUGUGAUAUGAAUAAAAAGGUUUUAUAGAAAAACAUGUUCAUGUGUCUCAAGGCAAGGUAUCGAUAAAAGUGCAAUUUUGGUAUGAGUAACAAAACUUGGGUGUUAGAUUGCCAUUAGUACAGAAAUAUUUCCUACAAUGCUCUGCCCUUUUUCUCAUUAUGAGUGCAAUACACAAGACUUUAUGGCUGUUUUUUCCUUACUGUCCCUUAUGUCACUUUAUCUGACAAACCCAGUGAUGUAAGUAGCAGCUGACAGAGUAUUUGGUUGCCAAAAAACAAAAGUGUUCCAGUGUGUUCAGCACUUGUUGAGAAUAGAAGUUUAGAUUUUUGUAAGGCCUGUAUUUUAAUUUUACAGAAUCCCACAGAAUCUUUGGCUCCUAAUUGUAUUCAUUGUAUGUUUAUUUAUUAUGAAGUUAUACAAUUCUAAUUUGUAAUAUUAUAUUUUGCAAAAAUGUGUGAGAAAUAUGUGUUUUUACAUAAAAUAUAGAAAAGUUCCAGUGUACAAACCAA